AUGGGGCCGGCUAGGCUGUGGCUGCUGGGAGCCGGGAUCCUGGCCUCUGUCCACUGUCAGCCCUUUCCUGCCCAUGGAGAUAAGAGCCCAGGGGCACAUCAACCCCCCGGCCAUCAGCUCUCAGAGCCAGCUCCUGCCUACCACAAAGUCACACCCACCAUUACCAGCUUUGCCUUGCGCCUGUACAAGCGGCUGGCGGCGGGCACCCCAGGAAAUAUCCUCUUCUCGCCCGUGAGCCUCUCCAGCACCCUGGCCCUGCUCUCCCUUGGGGCCCAAGGUGACACCUCAACACAGAUCCUGGAGGGCCUGGGCUUCAACCUCACAGAGACCCCAGCAGCCGACGUCCACCGAGGCUUCCAGAGCCUCCUCCGCACCCUUGACCUGCCCAGCGCCAAACUUGAACUAAAAGUAGGGAGCUCCUUGUUCCUAGACAAGCGGCUCAAGCCUCUGCAGCACUUUUUGGACAGCACCAAGGAGCUGUAUGGCGCUUUUGCUUUUUCUGCCAACUUCUCGGAUCCGGCUACAACCUGGAGGCAGAUCAGUGAGUACGUGAGAAAGCAGACGUACGGGCACGUCACGGACGGCCUGCCUCAGUUCAGCCACGACACACUCAUGGUUCUCUCGAACUACAUCUUCUUCAAAGCCAAGUGGAAGCAUCCUUUCGAUCGCUACCAGACCCGGAAGCAGGAAAGCUUCUCCGUGGAUGACAGGACCUCUCUCCGUGUCCCCAUGAUGCAGCAGAGGGAGAUGCACAGGUUCCUCUAUGACCAGGAGGUGGCAUGCACUGUGCUGCAGAUAGAGUACAGUGGCAAUGCUUGGCUGCUGCUGGUGCUCCCUGACCCCGGCAGGAUGAGGCAGGUGGAGGCCGCUCUGCAGCCAGAGACCCUGAGAAAGUGGGGACAGCUGUUCCUGCCCAGCCUGCUCGACUUGCACCUGCCGAGGUUUUCCGUUUCCACCACAUAUAACCUGGAAGAGAUUCUUCCCCAAAUCGGGCUCGGCAGCAUAUUCAGCUUGGAAGCAGACCUCUCGGGGAUCACUGGGCGGCUCAACAAGACCAUCUCCAGGGUGUCACACAAGGCCGCCGUGGACAUGAAUGAGAAGGGAACCCAGGCAGGGGCCGCCUCUGGCCUCCUCUCCCAGCCCCCGCCCCUGAACACGACGUCGGCCCCUCACGCCCAUUUCAACAGGCCCUUCCUGCUGCUGCUUUGGGAGGUGACCACCCAGAGUUUGCUCUUUCUGGGAAAAGUCGUGAACCCAGUGGCAGGGUGA